AUGGUUGACAUGCUCAACUUCCUCGAUUCUCUUCACCAAGCCUACCGGCUGAACGUGCUGGAUCUUGGGGGCUGCAAGGGUCUACAAAAGAGCCACCUCAAGAGCAUCUGCAAGGUGGUCUCGCUCAAGUACCUUAGCCUCCGGAAAGCAGAUGUCUCCCACCUGCCCUGGGAGAUCAACAAUCUCAUAAUGUUGGAGACACUCGACAUCUGGGAAACUAAGGUACGGGGCCGACACAUGAACUACAUUUACCUCCGAAAGCUAAAGCACCUACUUACCAGCCUGAAGAUGAGGACGGAGGAGGAGACACUCUGCUGGGCGGGUAUGCCUGGUAGGAUUGGGAAGAUGAAAGACAUGGAGAUACUAUCCCGGGUCAAGGUUUGGUAUGGCAAGAAGGAAUUCGAAGAAGUUGGCCGCCUGCUGAAGCUUAGGAAGCUGGGCGUGGUUCUCGUCCAUAGCCAAAGCCAAGCUCAAUACAGCAUGGACAAUCUACUCCAAGCAAUCGCCAAGCUGAGAGAGUGCUUACGCUCUCUCUCAAUAUGGGUCACUCCACCACCCACAAAUGGAGACCAUAGUGUCACUCUGAAUAUGGAGAUGACAUCGGAGCAAAGUGCACCCAGGUUACUCAAGAGCCUGAAUAUCAAGGGCGUGCGCUUUCCCAACUCCGGGCUGCCUCGCUGGAUCUGCGAGCUACAUCUACUCUCUGAGAUUACACUGUGGAACACUUUUCUAUCUACAGACUCUCUGCAGGACCUUGGCAACAAUCUCCAUCACUUGCGCUGCCUUCGGCUCCGUCACAACUCGUACAACGAGCACAAGCUCACCUUCAGCAAGGAUGGAUUCCAAGACCUCAGGUUUCUCAUCAUCGAGGGCGACACCAUCACCACCGUCGACUUUGAAGAAGACAGCACAACACAUUUACCUCAACUCAAAAAGAUCCUUUGGCGCAACAUGGCCGUCAACAAGGAAGCACCUUGCCCUCGGCUCAAGAAGAUUGUUUGGCGCAACAUGGCCAUCAAUCAGGCGGGCACGCUUUCUGGAAUCUGCCACCUUGACAUGUUGAAAGAGGUGGAGCUCAAGGGCCACUUCACCGACUCGAGCAUCAUUCCGCACAGCAAUGGGUGCAAACCGAGGCAUGAGCCAUGA